AUAUAUUAUCGCAAAGUGAACAAAAAAGGAGAACGGGCCGAAAAAUAUCCACUCCAUUAAACUUUAUUCUAUAUUACGUCUUUGCUCAAGAAGUGAUAAUACAAAUUGUUAAAACCUUAGUUGUUUGUGAGGUUUCGUUAACACCGCAAUGAUACAGCAACGUCUUUUGGAAGGUAAGGCUGGCCUCCUGUUAUGCUCAUGUGCGGUACAGAAGCGCCGCCCUGUGAGCGCUCAAGGUACCUCAACCAAGAGACGACUCAAUCAUCACGGACAACGAUGUCAGUGUUAACAGGGCAUCACUGUACAGAAUGAAUAGUCAAAAUGUGGAGUAAUUGAACUUUAUAUUAGACUCCCGAAAUGUUAAACACCUGUGUCGAAAGGAGAUUUAAUGUAAUGGUACUGCAGCAUGGACCUUCUUUUCAUGACCCAAUAUAUAGACCCACACCCCGAAUGAGUUAACAAAGAGGAACACCUCUAGGUUGGACAGCAAAACCGGUUUUGCACUGUGACAUUAGGGAUAUUUCAUUUAUAUGUUGUUUUUUUUUGGGGGGGGGCGAAAUUGUCUUACCCUUUCGUCUCAGACGUCACCUUUGUAUCGCCGUUCGCUAUUGGUCUAUACUCGUCUUGCAUGCACCCAACGGCGUACAGUGUUGUUCCCUUUCGUUACGUCACGAAAAGCUUCUCACAGACCCUGAUCAUAUUGUUCAGUGAACUAGCCCCUAGCAAGUUGUAUGAAUACAUGAUUAUGUGUACGGCACGAGACGUCCGAGAAAGAUACCAUUCUGGGGCAUUCAGAGCUAGCUAUCGUCUGAUUUUGAAGUAGAGCAUUUUGGGUUUGCGUUACGCAUACAAUUUUCGUGUGAGCAUUGAGGAUAAAGCGGGAUUGAGACAGAUUUGCUGUGAGCAGUGAGCUGAGAUAAUCUGUGGAACCACAACAAAACCUGAGGUGAAAGGUUAGCGCUAAACAUGGCGUCGCCAGAGACAGGACGCAGGUGUUCGUCGCUACUUUCGUCCGCUGCCAAGAUUGUCUGCAUGGACUUCCCGUGGAUCCGACUCGUGUUAAUGUGGAUCGUGGUGAUCGUCUGCUCCCUUGUGCACCAGUUCGCGCCCCUGAAGGACUCCUACCUGAACAACUCCGACAACGUUCUGAACGCGUACUUCGCGGAAUGGAGCUGGGCCUGGACCGUCAUCCCUACCGCAAUUUUUGUCCUCCUGACCAGCUACGUGUACACCCUUGGUGAAGUCAAAACUGUCCUCAAACACCAAGUCCGCAUGGUUGUCGGUACCAUGGUGUGGGGAGUGUGGGUCGGGUUGUUCCUCGGCGUCAGGCAGUGGACGGCGAGCUGCUCGGACCGUAGCUUCGACACCAACUCGACGGGCUGCGAGGAGGCGGGGCACCGAUGGGAGGGGUACGACAUCUCCGGUCACACCUUCCUCCUCAGCUUCUGCGUCUUCUUCAUCACGUCCGAGCUGACCGUGCUCCUGCAAUGGGACAGGGUUCCAGAACUGUUGGAAAAGGCGGGAACACGCCGUUUGCACGACCAACAGUCCUCGGAUCGGGCAGACGAACCAUCUCAAGACGGAACUCACAUCCGCGAAUAUCAAGCAGCAUCCUCAUCGUCCCUGGAGCGGUUUUACCGGCUUACUCCGUUCGUCUGGCCGCUGUUUUGCCUACUCGUCGUCCUGACGUUCCUGUGGAUGUUUCUGCUGGUUAUCACCGCCCUGUACUUCCACAGUGUAGGAGAGAAGCUGAUCGGGCUGUUCUGCGGCACCCUGUCGUGGUGGCUGACGUACGAGGUGUGGUACAGGCGAGCUGCGUUCCCGGGCAGGCCGGGGGCAGGGCGGCUCGGGAUGGACGGGACACCGCCUGAACAGAUAGAAUUAUUAGCAGCUAGUUCGCCACAAGGGCAUUGAUCCCAAAGAAUCGAAGCUUUGUGUCUGUGUGAAUGCUCCUGACAUUCCUGAAUGUGAUAAGGCAUCUCUUAUCUUGUCUUGUGAACUUUUGUAACCGAAGACCGUGGAACUAUCACGUUAGCUAGAGUUACCAGUAGUUACUUGUAGUUACGUCACGGGGACUUCGAAGUGAUAUGUUUACUUGUCUCUUAACCAAGGAGGUUAUAUGACUUCCUUGGGUUAACUAUUUUACUGACGAACAUGAGGGAGCGAACGCUGCCAUAUCUCCCAAUUCCUUAUGCAAUAGCUAGUUCGCCAUAUGGAUAUCAACGACCCGGAAGUUUUUUUUUCUACGUGUAUGUGUGUAUGCUUGUGACGAAGGUGAAGAAUGUCAUAUCUCUCAAUGAAAUGUGAGCUUAUGUUUGUGGCCCAAAACAUGGUUUUUCACAUUAGCUUUAGUGAUCAAUAGUAGUAGAUACGAUGUAGAUAAAUAUAUCAUAAUUUUUGUUAUUCCUUAACUUAAUGCAUUUGGCCGCAAUUCUGUAAUAAACUUCAUUGUUAUUGCCAUCA